CGGCCCUGCGCCUCGCUCCCGGAUCCUUUGCCGCAGCGUCGGUGCCGCCGCCUCCCCCUCCUCCGCCUCCUCGCCCUCCUCCGCCUCCGCCUCCGCCCCCGCCGGCUCCCCCGCUCGCUUCCCGGGGCGCGGCGGCCGGGGCCGGUGCGGAGCCGGGGCCCGCGGGGGCCAUGCUGCCCGGGCGGCGGCGCUGAACGAUGGCGACGCCGGUCCCUCCGCCCUCCUCGCGGCACCUGCGGCUGCUGCGGCUGCUGCUCUCCGGCCUGGUCCUCGGAGCGGCCCUGCGCGGCGCCGCCGCCCGCCGCCCUGAUGCGGCUGCCUGUCCUGGAAGCCUAGACUGUGCCCUGAAGAGGCGGGCGAGGUGCCCCCCCGGCGCUCAUGCCUGCGGGCCCUGCCUGCAGCCCUACCAGGAGGAUCUGCAGGGGAUGUGUGUGCCCAGGAUGCGCCAGCCCCCGGGGGAGGACCUGCCCCAGCCCAGACUGGAAGAUGAGAUUGACUUCUUAGCGCAGGAGCUGGCCCUCAAGGGGGCCAAGCAUCCGAGGCUCACCGCGGGGCCCCCGUCUGAGGUCCGGCAGCGGCUCCUGGAGCCUGCUACCCUAGGGUUCUCAGAGAGGGGUCAAGGAGCCCAGCCCAGCCUCCCUUUCACUCCAGGAGCCUCUCUCCCCACGCCCCGCACCUCCUUGGCCUCCCCUGUGUCGGCCGGGCCAGUGCACAUGGCUCCCUUGGAGCCGGGUGGCCGGCGUGGAGACGGCCUCGCCCUUGUGCUGAUGGUGGCGUUCUGCGUGGCCGGCGCGGCCGCCUUCGCCGUGGCAGCCCUGUGCUGGUGCAGGCUGCAGCGGGAGAUCCGCCUGACCCAGAAGGCCGACUACUCCAAGGCCCAGGCGCCGUGCUCCCCGGUGACGCCCGGGAUCUCGCCCGGGGACCAGCGGCUGGCGCACAGCGCGGAGAUGUACCACUACCAGCACCAGAGGCAGCAGAUGCUGUGCCUGGAGCGGCAUAAGGGGCCUCCCAAGGACCUGGACUCGGCUUCGGACGAGGAGAACGAAGACGGGGACUUCACGGUGUACGAGUGUCCAGGCCUGGCCCCGACUGGGGAGAUGGAGGUUCGGAACCCGCUGUUCGACCACGCCUCGCUGUCCGCGCCUCUUCCUGGCGGGCACUCGCCUUCCCCGCUGCAGUGACCCGGGCCCAGCCCGCCCGCUCCACCCUGCAGCCCGCGGGAGGAGAGGGGCAAGGCCUGGCGUUUCCACUGCCGCCCUCUGCGCGGGUGAGGUUGUGGGGAGGCACGGGUCCCCAAGCCCCUUCCCAAGGAGAUUCCCACCUGUGCCAGGAGACCCGGCGGCGUCCUUCGUCCUCCCAAACCGGGGAGAAUGGGGAGACCCUAGAUGGUGGCUAGCCACGAAUGGGAACUUUUGGAGACAAAAGCCAAUUAAAGCCCAUUUCAAACCUG